CUUACCCACAGAGGAGUUUGUGAUGAAUUAGGGGCUUUCAGAGGAGCCAUUCAGAGAGUGCGCACCUGCGUGAGACCAGCAGCAGUGUCCGCAAUCUGCAACCGUCCAAGUGAGAAGCUGCUCCUUCGCGUGAAAACGCCCGCGAGGAAGGAUUUUUUUUUUAAUAUAAGAACGCCUCAUGUGAACAAUGACUGAAACGUCUGCUGGAUUACUAACUAUGAGGAGCUUUUCCCUCGCUUCAUCCUCCGAGCAGCUGUGACCAUCGCGUCCAGACACCGACACGCGCCGUCUCCGUGCACACACCAAGACUUGUUGUCCUCCUGCGAGAAACAUGUCCUCCAAAUUACUGGUUUAUGUCUUACUUGUGUCUGUCCUUCACACCUGCUCUCUAACAAUCGAGUACGAGGAGGAAUACGAGGAUGUCACUGUGAACCAAAUGCUGGCUCCUAAAUCACAGGAAACCGACGCCACGGAAAUACUCAACAAUUUACUGAAAGAAUAUGAUAAGAAGCUGCGGCCGGAUAUCGGAGUCAAACCAACUGUUAUAGAUGUGGACAUAUAUGUGAACAGCAUCGGCCCAGUGUCAUCAAUAAAUAUGGAAUACCAAAUUGACAUCAUCUUUGCCCAGACGUGGACAGACAGCCGUCUCAGAUACAACAGCACAAUGAAGAAACUGACUUUGAACAGCAAUAUGGUCGGACUUAUUUGGCUGCCAGACACCAUCUUCAGAAACUCCAAGACUGCAGAUUCUCACUGGAUUACAAUGCCUAACCAGCUGCUCAGGAUAUGGAACGAUGGGAAGAUCCUUUACACUUUAAGACUAACGAUAAACGCAGAAUGCCAGCUGCAGCUGCACAACUUUCCAAUGGACGAACACUCCUGUCCACUCAUCUUCUCCAGCUAUGGAUACCCGCGAGAUGAGAUGAUUUACAAGUGGAGGAAGAACUCUGUGGAGGCGGCUGACCAAAAGUCCUGGCGUCUCUACCAGUUUGAUUUCAUGGGCCUGAGAAACACUACAGACAUUAUCAAGACCACAGCAGGUGACUAUGUAUUGAUGACCGUGUAUUUCGACCUGAGUAGAAGAAUGGGCUACUUCACCAUCCAGACCUACAUCCCCUGCAUCCUCACCGUGGUCCUCUCCUGGGUGUCCUUCUGGAUCAAAAAAGACGCCACGCCAGCCAGAACGGCUUUAGGUAUAACCACCGUGCUGACUAUGACUACCCUCAGCAGCGUGGCCAGGACGUCACUACCCAGAGUGUCGUAUGUCACUGCCAUGGACCUUUUCGUCACUGUCUGCUUCCUGUUUGUCUUUGCUGCUCUGAUGGAGUAUGCAACAUUAAAUUACUAUUCAUACAGCGCUCGAAGACCCAGCUGCAUGGAACCUAAAAGAUCGAAACAUAACUAUUCUGUCCUGGAUGUGAGACCUCCGCACACCGUCAUCGCUUUAAACAACUCCAUGUACUGGCAGGACUUUGAGGACGCUUGUGUUUACGAGUGUCUGGACGGAAAAGACUGCCAGAGCUUCUUCUGCUGCUUCGAGGAGUGUAAAGAAGGUGCGUGGAGAAAAGGACGCGUGCACAUAGAUGUACUUGAACUGGACGCAUACUCACGGGUCUUUUUUCCCACCUCCUUCUUGCUGUUCAACAUCGUCUACUGGGUAGGCUAUCUCUACCUUUAG